GCUUUUCCUAGCUGUGCCCGGUGGGACUGACAAAGGCAGACCUCGAGCCUCCCGAUGCCUAGAAGGGGACCUUUCUCUAUAUACACUGACACAUUCGUGGGUGAUUGAUGAGCGCCUUGGGUCAUCACAGGUGCCUGGUAAAUGGUGGGUCACCCCACCUCACCUUAACAUACAGAAAAUAGGCUGGGUAGGGUGCACUAUUGCACUAUCAAUGAGUUAACACACCUAUUUGGUGGACGCUGGGAGUUAGCAGGAUAUGGGGAAAGAAAGGCCAGUUUCCCACUAACUGCCAGACAAGGUAAAUGUGAGUUGUAUGGCCCCUUUGCAGGUAUGAAAGAGCGAAGUUAGCCCCUUUGGUUGGUGAGGACCCUUCAAGCGGAGUCCAGGAAGUGCUUGUUCUUUGCAGACAGAUGUUAGUCAGUCCUGAAGAGAUUCAGAGAAGGUGGGCCCAGAAGAGACCUCCUAACCAGAGUUAGGCUUUGGCUGUGGGCCUGAGAUGUGGGGAGUGGGCAAGAGAUCCUGAUGCAAGUUGUGGAUGGAGGCCUGGCUCUAAAUAAGCCUUUUCAGUCAGUUCUGGCCUGUCAUUAAUAAAAGCAAGGCCAAAUGUUUUGCCCAUCAAGAGGCCAAGGGGCUUGGGGAAGGAUGUGAGCCCCAUUAUCUCCUCUGGUGGCUGGGUUUCCUCAGCUGUGAAAUGGGGGUUAAUCCACCAUGCAGGGAGCACCUACUUUGUGCCAGCAUCAGUGUAAUAUGUUGGGGCCUCUGCAUCAAAAGCCAUACUCUUUGUUUUCAAGGUGCUUCAAGUCCAGAGUGGGAUGGCAGAAUAGGGAGAAAGGUGAUCUUGGUUGGUGCCACUAGUGCCAGGAACAUACUAUAUCCCUUUCACUGAUCAGAGCAUUCCUGCCUCCUGUUCUACAGUGGGAAAUCUGAGGCUCAGAGAGCCCAAGGCAGAGCUGCCAUACACUCCCAGGUGGUGGCUAGCUACGCCCAUUCUAUCCACCACAUGCGUGACCUCAGGAGUCUGGGAGAACAGGGCAGGCUCCAUGGUGAGAUGGUGGUAGGUGUAGGAGUUAAUAGAAUAGAGAGAGAGAGUGGGCAUUCCAGGCAGUAGGAAGAGCCAGUGGAAGCUGGAGGAGUGAAACAGCCUAUAUUUCAUGCUGGCAGGAAUCAAGGGCAUGUGUGGGGAGCACUGGCAUGAAUUAGGUGGGAGAGGUGUGAGCUGGAGGGCUUGGGCCCCACUGGCCCUGGGGUGCCCCAGAGUCUUAGCAGGGAGAAAAGUACUCUAAUUCUGUUCAGUGCAGAUCCUGCAAGGUUUGGUAAGGGCUAGGUAGGGGUUUGGGGCUGCUCUGGCAGAGGUUAAGUGAAAUAUGUUUGUCCAAAACAGAGGAAAACAGGUCACUGCCCUUCUUACUUUCCUCUUCCCCUACCCAUGGCAUGUGGAGAAGGGGAAGGAGAAUAGAGGCCAGGCCCCCUUUCAGGGGGAGGACAGCGAUUGAAGAAGCUGGAGGUGUAGGUUACCCUAUGACCUCCUAUGUGGCCUGACCAGACUGUUUUGAUCCUACCCAUCUCUUCCUGGAUGGAGGCCCCUCAGUCCAGUUCUGAUUUCACAUUUGGGUAGUGAUUUUGUUGCUGCCCCUUGAGAGCUUGAGAUCCUUGGCAGGCAGUAGGCUUUAAGCAAAUAUUUGUAAGCAAAUGAAGUAGUAAUUGUUGGUCUAACUGUGGGACCCUAUGCCCAAGGCACAUCCCUGGCAUGGGGUGGCAGGAGUAGUGAGCAGUGGCCAAGUGCAGGAGGUGCCUAUCCUUAGGUGGGCCUUGUCUUCCCAGAGGAAGAAACUUUCUUUCCUUGUCCCUUGGAAACUAGGUGGGGGGCUCCUGGGCACCCUGGCUUUGCCACAGUCCUGAGAUUCUGGCCUGGUUCAAGACUUUCCCUGCUGCCCCCCUGCCCCCGCCCCCUUGGGUGGCAAACAGAGGCAGACUUGUUCCUGCUCCCAUAGAGCUGCCCUGUUCUCUGCACACUAAAAAUGGAAACCCCAAGCUAUUUUGGGAGCAGUGCCCAGCCAGGCUAUGGCCAGGGCCCCCCUGCUCCCAGAGGGCUGUGGCCACAGCAUCCCUGCUCCCACUAGUCUUUUGGACCCUCCUUUGAGCCUUGUGUCCAGCCCUGCUCACUUCAGGGCAGCUGCAGGAGUACCUUGCUCAGGCCCCUGCUGGGAUGAGCCAACCUGGGCUGAGGGAAGGGAGAAGCAAGUGCUUGGGAUGUUCUGCACAGACAGCCUGGCAGCUGUGUGGUGGGAGGGGCUGUGCAAUGUGGCCUGAGCAUAGGCAAGUAGGGGAAGUAUCUUCCUGUCUGGGAUGAGUGGUUUGUCCCAACACUACACCAACUACGGUGCUCCUGGCUGAGGACCACUGAGGGCUGGGGUAGGUAGCGUUGCUGUGGUUUCUUGGUUCUGAGACUCAGGAGUAUCAGCUGGGACCCAAGAAGGGAUCUGUGAGGGUAGCAGGCACCCAAAAUCUGUAGAUGGUUGUGGAGAUGGGAGGCAUAGUGGUAGUGGCUUCCUGUAGGACCCCCCCCCCACACACACACCUAAUCUCAUAUCCUAGGUGCCAGCACUAUUCAGACCAGCAGGAGAGGACAUAGCAAGGGAUGGCCUGGCUUCCACAGCUGUGUAUGACUUGGGGCUCAGACUAGGAAGUGUGUGUAUGGUGUAUAUGUCCCUGGAAGGUGGAAGUGACAGGCCUGUGCAGAAUGUGUUUCAGUGUGUGUGGAGUUGUCUCCUGUUGGAUGUGUCUUUAUGCGGUAUCUGAACAUGGGUGGGAUAUCUGUGUUUCUCUAUUUGUGUGUCGCUGUGCUGUGUGUACAGCUUGUAUCUGCACGCAUCUGUGUGUGUGCCAGUGCCCAUGUGUUUGUGAGUGUGCAGGGUGGGUGAUAUGUGUGCAAGUGCAUAUCUGCCAAUGUGAUGGUGGCCAUUUGAGCUAGGACAGCCCCUGGCCUGUGUGAAAGGGGAUACACCUGGGUGGGCACCUUGACAGGGUGGAGUUUGGGCAGAGGGACAUGCUGGCCUUGUCGGCUGUGGGGCUCCUUCCUAGCUGACCUUUCCCAGGCCCCUCGUGUGCCUGGCUCUGCUGCCCUCCCCCUCCUCGUGUGGGCUCUGAGGAGGCGUGCUCUGUGGAAUGUGUUUGGUGGCUAAGGGCCAGUCUGGGCCCAGCUCCACCAGCAGGCUGGGCGAUGGGGAGGGGGCACUUUUGUACUGUCUCUCAGUGGGGAGCUCAGGGCUCCCACUGCCUGCAGACCAGCCUUCAGCUUGAUACUUUGCUUUCCUCUGGCUAGGUGACUCCCACACAGGUCAUGCUGUUGUCUCCUGAUCUAGCCAGCCCUGCCAGGUGACCAUGGCUGCUCUUGGCCCAGUUCUUCUCCAGGCUGUCUGGGCCGGGUGGGUCCUCACCCUCCAGCUCUCUCCACCAGCUGCUUUUACUCCCAAUGGCACACAUCUGCAGCACCUGGUGAGGGACCCCACCUCAGGUACCCUCUAUCUGGGGGCCACCAACUUCCUGUUCCAGCUGAGCCCUGGGCUACAGCUGGAGGCCACAGUGUCCACUGGCCCUGUGCUAGACAGCAGGGAUUGCCUUCCGCCUGUGAUGCCUGAUGAGUGCCCCCAGGCUCAGCCUACCAACAACCCGAACCAGCUGCUCCUGGUGAGCCCAGGGGCCCUGGUGGUGUGCGGCAGUGUCCACCAGGGGGUCUGUGAGCAGCGGCGCCUGGGGCAGCUCGGACACCUACUGCUGCGGCCAGAGCGGCCUGGGGAUACCCAGUAUGUGGCUGCCAAUGACCCUGCGGUCAGCACUGUAGGGCUGGUAGCCCAGGGCUUGGCAGGGGAGCCCCUCCUGUUUGUGGGGCGAGGAUACACCAGCAGGGGUGUGGGGGGUGGCAUCCCACCCAUCACGACCCGGGCCCUGCAGCCGCUGGACCCCCAAGCUGCCUUUUCCUAUGAGGAGACAGCCAAGCUGGCGGUGGGCCGCCUCUCCGAGUACAGCCACCACUUUGUGAGUGCCUUUGCCCGUGGGGCCAAUGCCUACUUCCUGUUCCUGCGGCGGGAUCUGCAGGCUCAGUCCAGAGCCUUCCGUGCCUAUGUGUCUCGAGUGUGCCUCCGGGACCAGCACUAUUAUUCCUAUGUGGAGUUGCCUCUGGCCUGCCAGGGUGGCCGCUACGGGCUGAUCCAGGCUGCUGCUGUGGCUACAACUGGGGAGGUGGCCCAUGGGGAGGUGCUCUUUGCAGCCUUCUCCUCAGCUGCUCCCCCCACUGUGGGCCGGCCUCCGUCAGCAGCUGCUGGGGCAGCUGGAGCCUCUGCCCUCUGUGCCUUCCCCCUGGAUGAGGUGGACCGGCUUGCUAAUCGCACACGCGAUGCGUGCUACACCCGGGAAGGCCGUGCGGAGGAUGGGACUGAGGUGGCUUACAUUGAAUAUGAUGUCAAUUCCGACUGUGCACAGCUGCCAGGGGAUACCUUGGAUGCUUAUCCCUGUGGCUCAGACCACACGCCCAGCCCCAUGGCCAGCCGGGUCCCGCUGGAAGCCACGCCAAUUCUAGAGUGGCCAGGGGUUCAGCUAACAGCUGUGGCAGUCACCAUGGAGGAUGGACAUACCAUCGCUUUCCUGGGUGACAGUCAAGGGCAGCUUCAUAGGGUCUACUUGGGCCCAGGGAGUGAUGGCCACCCAUACUCCACACAGAGCAUCCAGCAGGGGUCUGCGGUGAGCAGAGACCUCACCUUUGAUGGGAGCUUUGAGCACCUGUAUGUCAUGACCCAGAGCACACUUCUGAAGGUUCCUGUGGCCUCCUGUUCUCAGUUCCUGGACUGUGCAUCUUGCCUUGCUCACAAGGACCCAUACUGUGGGUGGUGUGUGCUUCUUGGCAGGUGUAGUCGCCACUCUGAGUGCUCAAGGGGCCAGGGCCCAGAACAGUGGCUGUGGAGCUUCCAGGCUGGGCUGGGCUGUCUGCGAGUGGAAGCUAUAAGUCCUGCCAACAUCAGCCGAGAGGAGAGGAAGGAGAUUUUCCUAUUGGUGCCAGACCUGCCACCCCUGUGGCCAGGGGAGUCAUAUUCCUGCCAUUUUGGGGAAUAUCACAGUCCUGCUCUGCUGACCAGUUCUGGUGUGAUGUGCCCCUCCCCAGACCCCAGUGAGGCCCUGUUGCUACAGAGAGGAGUCGACCAUGUCUCUGUGACUGUGGAGCUCAGGUUUGGCACCGUUGUGAUCGCCCAAGCUUCCCUCUCUUUCUAUGACUGUGUGGCAGUCACUGAGCUCCACCCAUCUGCACCGUGCCAGGCCUGUGUGACCAGCCGCUGGGGGUGUAACUGGUGUGUCUGGCAACACCUAUGCACACACAAGGCCUUGUGUGAUGCUGGACCGAUGGUGGUGAGCCAACAGAGCCCGCUUCUUUCCCUAGCCCCUCCUGCAAGAGAUGCACCCACCCCCUUCCCACCCACAGCCCCCAAAGUCCUGGUCACCCCUGCUCCUGACACCCUUCCUGCGGCACCUGGGGCUUCCUCUAUAGCCACAGCCUCGGAUGUCCUUCCUGGGGUCAGGCCUUCCCCAUUCAGCCCCUGGGGACCGCCGUCAGGUCCCGGCUCCAUGCCUUCCCCCAUCUCCACAGAGUCACCUCUCCAAGAGAAGCCCUCCCUUCCCAGCUCCCCCAAUAGACCUGGAACCAUUGUCCCUGCUCCUGCUGACUUUGGACCCACAGCCACACCUGAGGACCUUUUAGUGGCCCCUCCAUCACCUUCAGAUUCAGCAGUGCCCCCUGCAGACCCUGGCCCUGAGGCCCUUCCCACUGUGGUGCCCCUGGACUGGCCCCCUGGCACUGCUCCUGCCACCCCUUUCCCAGGGGCUGUGGGCUCCACGAAGCCCACUCUGGACUGGCUCAUGAGAGAAGGCGGCGAGCUGCCCGAGGCGGACGAGUGGAUGGGUGGUGAUGUGCCCACCUUCUCCACUUCCACCCUCCUCUCAGGUGAUGGAGACUCAGCAGAGCACGAGGGCCCUCCUGCCCCCCUCAUCCUCCUAUCCAGCCUCGACUACCAGUAUGACACCCCCGGGCUCUGGGAGCUGGAAGAGGUGAACUGGGGGGCAAGAUCCUGCCCCUGUGUGGAGAGUGUUCAGGGUUCUGUGCUAAUGCCAGUCCAUGUGGAGCAGGAAGUCCGGCUGGUAGGCAGGAACCUGCACCUUUUCCAGGAUGGUCCAGGAGACAAUGAGUGUGUGAUGGAGCUGGAGGGCCUUGAGGUGGUAGUUGAGGCCCGGGUUGAGUGUGGGCCACCUCCAGAUACCCAGUGCCACGUCACGUGCCAGCAGCAUCAGCUCAGCUAUGGGGCUCUGCAGCCGGAGCUCCGUGUAGGGCUCUUUCUGCGUCGGGCUGGUCAUCUGCGUGUGGACAGUGCUGAGGGGCUGCAUGUGGUACUAUAUGACUGUUCCGUGGGACACGGGGACUGCAGCCGCUGCCAAACCGCCAUGCCCCAGUAUGGCUGUGUGUGGUGUGAGGAGGAGAGUCCACGUUGCGUGGCCCGGGAGGCCUGCAUCAAGGCUGAGGCUGUGGCCACCCAGUGCCCUGCGCCCCUCAUCCACUUGGUGGAGCCACUGACUGGACCUGUAGACGGAGGCACUCGUGUCACCAUCAGGGGCUCCAACCUGGGCCAACAUGUGCAUGACGUGCUGGACACUGUCAGGGUGGCUGGAGUGCCCUGUGCUGUGGAUGCCCAGGAAUAUGAGGUCUCCAGCAGCCUCGUGUGCAUUACUGGGGCCAGUGGAGAGGAGAUGGUGGGUGCUGUGGCAGUGGAGGUGCCGGGAAGAGGACGCGGCAUCUCAGAGCAUGACUUUGCCUAUCAGGACCCAAAGGUGCAUUCUAUCUUCCCGGCCCGAGGCCCCAGAGCUGGGGGAACCCGCCUCACCCUGCAUGGCUCCAAGCUCCUGACUGGGCGGCUGGAGGACAUUCGAGUGGUAGUUGGAGACCAGCCUUGUCAUUUGCUGCUGGAGCAGCAGUCGGAGCAGCUGCAGUGUGAGACGAGCCCACACCCUGCACCUGCCAUGUUCCCUGUGACCGUGUGGUUUGGAGCUACUGAGAGGAGGCUUCAGCAUGGCCAGUUCAAGUACACAUCAGACCCCAAUGUCACCUCUGCUGGUCCUACCAAGAGCUUCCUCAGUGGAGGACGUGAGAUAUGGGUCCGUGGCCAGAAUUUGGAUGUGGUGCAGAUGCCAAGAAUCCGAGUGACCAUGGCCCCAGGAGUGCAGCAGCCCAGCCAGGGGCUUGGACGGAGGCGCUGGAUGGUCCCAGAGACAGCGUGUUCCCCUGGAACCCCCUGCAGCAGUUAUCACUUUGAGGAGCCAUGCCGUGUGAACUCCUCCCAGCUCAUCCUGUGCCGUACACCUGCCCUCCCGGGCCUGCCUGAGAACCCUUGGGUCCAGGUGGAAUUUAUCCUUGACAACCUCAUCUUCAAUUUUGCAAGACUCAACCCCACACCAUUCUCCUAUGAACCUGACCCCACUCUUCAGCCCCUCAACCCCGAGGACCCCACCAUGCCAUUCCGGCACAAGCCUGGGAGUGUGUUCUCAGUGGAGGGGGAGAACCUGGACCUUGCAAUGUCCAAGGAGGAGGUGGUGGCUAUGAUAGGGGAUGGCCCCUGUGUGGUAAAGACGCUGACCCGGCACCACCUGUACUGUGAGCCCCCUGUGGAGCAGCCCAUGCCACGGCACUUUGCCCCCCGAGAGGCACCUGACGCUUUGCCUGAAUUCACAGUACAGAUGGGGAACCUGCACUUCUCCCUGGGUCAUGUGCAGUAUGAUGGCGAGAGCCCUGUGGCUUUUCCUGUGGCAGCCCAGGUGGGCUUAGGGGUGGGCACCUCGCUUUUGGCUCUGGGUGUCAUCAUCAUUGUCCUCAUGUACAGGAGGAAGAGCAAACAGGCCCUGAGGGACUAUAAGAAAGUCCAGAUCCAGCUGGAGAAUCUGGAGAGCAGCGUGCGUGACCGCUGCAAGAAAGAGUUCACAGACCUCAUGACCGAGAUGACUGAUCUCACCAGUGACCUUCUGGGCAGUGGCAUCCCCUUCCUUGACUACAAGGUGUAUGCUGAGAGGGUCUUCUUCCCUGGGCACCGGGAGUCACCCUUGCAUCGGGACCUGGGUGUGCCUGAGAGCAGACGGCCCACCGUAGAGCAAGGGUUGGGGCAGCUGUCCAACUUGCUGAACAGCAAGCUCUUCCUCACUAAGUUCAUCCACACGCUGGAGAGUCAGCGCACCUUCUCAGCUCGGGACCGUGCCUAUGUGGCAUCUCUGCUCACCGUGGCACUGCACGGGAAGCUCGAGUACUUCACUGACAUCCUUCGCACCCUGCUCAGUGACCUGGUGGCCCAAUACGUGGCCAAGAACCCUAAGCUGAUGCUGCGCAGGACAGAGACUGUGGUGGAGAAGCUGCUCACCAACUGGAUGUCCAUCUGCCUCUACACCUUCGUGAGGGACUCAGUAGGGGAGCCUCUGUACAUGCUCUUCCGAGGGAUUAAGCAUCAAGUGGACAAGGGGCCAGUGGACAGUGUGACUGGCAAAGCCAAAUAUACCUUGAAUGACAACCGCCUGCUCAGAGAGGAUGUGGAGUACCGUCCCCUGACUUUAAAUGCGCUCUUGGCUAUGGGGCCUGGGGCAGGAGAGGCCCAGGGCGUGCCUGUGAAGGUCCUGGACUGUGACACCAUCUCCCAAGCCAAGGAGAAGAUGCUGGACCAGCUUUAUAAAGGAGUGCCUCUCGCCCAGCGGCCAGACCCUCGCACUCUAGAUGUUGAGUGGCGGUCUGGGGUGGCUGGGCACCUCAUUCUGUCUGAUGAAGAUGUCACUUCUGAGGUCCAGGGUCUGUGGAGGCGUCUGAACACCCUGCAGCAUUAUAAGGUCCCAGAUGGAGCAACUGUGGCCCUUGUCCCCUGCCUCACCAAGCACAUUCUCCGGGAAAACCAGGAUUAUGUCCCUGGAGAACGGACCCCAAUGCUGGAGGAUGUAGAUGAGGGAGGCAUCCGGCCCUGGCACCUGGUGAAGCCAAGCGAGGAACCAGAGCCACCCAGGCCUCGGAGGGGCAGUCUUCGGGGUGGGGAGCGCGAGCGAGCCAAGGCCAUCCCCGAGAUCUACCUGACACGCCUGCUGUCUAUGAAGGGUACCCUGCAGAAAUUCGUGGAUGACCUGUUCCAGGUGAUUCUCAGCACCAGCCGCCCUGUGCCACUCGCUGUUAAAUACUUCUUUGACCUGCUGGAUGAGCAGGCCCAGCAGCAUGGCAUCUCCGACCAGGACACCAUCCACAUCUGGAAGACCAAUAGCUUGCCGCUGAGGUUCUGGAUCAAUAUAAUCAAAAACCCGCAGUUUGUGUUCGACGUGCAGACAUCUGAUAACAUGGACGCCGUGCUCCUCGUCAUUGCACAGACUUUCAUGGAUGCCUGCACCCUGGCCGACCACAAGCUAGGCCGGGACUCCCCCAUCAACAAACUUCUGUAUGCUCGGGAUAUUCCCCGUUACAAACGGAUGGUGGAAAGGUACUAUGCAGACAUCAGAGAGACCGUCCCGGCCAGUGACCAAGAAAUGAACUCUGUCCUGGCUGAGCUGUCCCGGAACUAUUCUGGAGACCUUGGAGCACGAGUAGCCCUUCAUGAACUCUACAAGUAUAUCAACAAGUACUAUGACCAGAUCAUCACUGCCCUGGAGGAGGAUGGCACGGCCCAGAAGAUGCAACUGGGCUAUCGGCUGCAGCAGAUUGCAGCUGCUGUGGAAAACAAGGUCACGGAUCUAUAGGGACCUGGGAGCCCUGGCCUGCUGUUGCCUCAGCCCUACUUGGGCAGCCUUGGAACCUCGAGAGAGAGAGACUACCUUCUUAGAUGCCUGUAGUUGUUGACAAGCAGAGUUAGUGGAAGGUGACUCCUAGUCUCCUGGUGGCUCUAGCCUCAGCCCUGCUGGACCCACAUAGGCCUGGGGCCCUAAGACUUAUGGGGUAGUACCCAGCCUGCUCCCUGAGCCAAGCAACCCUGUGGACUAUUUCCUGUGUGCCACCAAUCUGCAGGGAGUUAGGGACUAAAGCCUUCCCGAGAGUGGCCGGAAAGGCCUCCAGGCCCAUGGGGAGACUGUACUAUUUGUCAUUACUGGUCUGUGUCCCACAGGGAUUCAGAGAAGGAGGAAGAGAGCCCCAUGCUUCUGUCCUCCAUCAUCCCUGACCUCAGUUUAGCUGCCUCUGGCCUUGUUGCUGCUGCCACAUCCUAGGUCCAAGAGAUGAAGGCCUCUCCUAGGCCACUGCAAACAGCCCCCUUGGCAGGGCUGGCUGCCUUAGGGCUAGCCCUGAGGGGAGGACAUCUGCUGCUGGGGGCCUUGGGAGAGCAGUGGCACCACUGACCCAGUUCUUCAUUAAACAGUAACACACUG